AAAGCCUCGCCUAGGUGAGCUUAAGGAUCUACGUUACAACAUGUACUCUUCAAAACCCUAACAUCUAACUUAUGAAAAUUGAAAAGUAACUUCGAAUUACAACACUACUCAUAUCUAUUAAUCUUAUAAUUUCUUACUCUGCUCUGCGGUUACUUUCUAUUAUCUUGACCGCUUUUGCAAUUCACAAAGCCCUCGCCUAGUUGUCUCUUCUUCUCUCCAGUUCAUUAGCAAGAAUAGGUUAGUAAUCAACGAUAGGUUAGUAAGCAUAUAUAUAUAUAUACGUGCUUGUAGCUUCAUCAAAUAUGUUUUCAUGUACUAACUCUAUCAUAAAGUAAGUACAAUUGGCUCAACUAUAUCUGUAAAGUGGUUCAAACAUAUUCGAUUUACAUUGGAUAUAAUGGUAGUUGUAUAGAACUCCGCAAUACUAAAUGGUGUUGAGCUCUCAGCCAAUAGAAAAGGUAGUCCAUAAUCUGAAAAACUCAAAAACCUCAGUAGAUAUGGGCAGAACCGGCUCUAACAUUUAUGAAGCUAGAAACAAUAAAGAAAUUUUGGCCCCUUAUUCUUUUAUUGAUUUUUUUUCAGAAAAAAAAAAUAUUGAACGAUAAAACUAUGAGCAAUUCUCUCAAAUAUUUUCUUUUUAGUUUUUAUCACAAAAUAACCCUAAAAAAAAAUGACCAAAAUAACUCACUUUUCUUUUGAAAUUUUUAAUAUUUAUCUUUUAUUUAUACUUUUUAAUAAAACUUAUUUUGGUCAUUUUUUUCAUUGAGAGUUAUUUUGUGAUAAAAACUUAAAAAAAAUGAUAUCCUAGGGAAUUUCUAUAAAACUAUUAUAUUAAAUGAUAUUUUAAAAAUAAGUGUUAAAGAACUAUUUAAAAUUAAAUUAAGUUUAUACUUAUUCAUUCAUUAAACUUAUAUAAUCAAAACUUAUAAUUUGUAGUAACAAUAACCAAAAUCCAUUCAACAUUUCUAUAACAUAAAUAAUUUUCAAUACAAUCAUGUGAGAAUUGUUUUUGUACAAUAAAAAUCAAAUGUGAAAUUGUUAGAUUAUAUGCAGUUUACGUGUAUAUUUGUUUUUCAUAUACCUUAUACCAAUGUUUAUUUUUAUUUUUGUUAACUACUUCUUACAAGUUUUAUUUUCAUAAACAAAUUACUAUCGUUAUUAUGGGAAUAUUUUUUUUUGUUUCCUCAUUAUUUAUUGCAUUUCAUAAUUGACAUUAGUUACUAACAAUUUAAAAAAAAUAUUAUAUCUGAUUAAUGAUAAAUUAUGAAAACUAAAAUACUUUUUAUAUUGGGGAAAUUGCCAAAUAUGACCCAAAACUUGGUUUUAAACACAAAAGUAUACUCCAACUUAAAUCAAAUGCUAUACUAACCCAAAACAGAAUGUAUUUUUACGAAUAUAGCCCUAGAAGUCUUCUUCUGCGAUAAGACUUGCGUGAAGUUUUCUCAUAUUAUAGAUCUUAAACAUAAUUUUUUAGUUUUUUCGAAAAUUGAUAAGAGGAAAACUUUUCAACAUAUAUUAGUGAAUGUAGUGAGUCAUUAUAUUAUUUGGUUUUGGAUUUAGUAACAUAAGUUAUAGUAUUGUGUGUAUUUUUACGGUUAGAUUUUGGAAGCUAAACAUUUUUUUUUGAAAAAUUAAAAUUUGACCUCUGUGUGUUUAGUUUCGUGUAUAUUAAACACUUUCAAAGUUUAUUUUAAGUUUAAUGAAGUGUUUUUUUCUAUUUAGUUAAUCAUUUAAGUUUAGGUAUAAAUUUAGAGUUUAGAUUCUGUGCGAGUAGUAUAUUUAGAGGUAGAAGACUUCCAAGAAGGCAUCUAAUAGAAGACUUCCCUGAACGUCUUCUGAAUCGAAAAUAUUUAACCUAAAUUGACAUUUUUAUCUCCAUAUAUAUAAAAAAAUGUAAUGAUUCUCACUAUAACUCUUCAACCUCUCUUUAAUCCAUUUGAACUUGAAAACAUCAAAUUUUAUAUGAAUUUUUCAUUUUUUUGUCUCAUCUCACAAAUUUAUCUUGUUUUUGUAGAUUUUUUUAUCACAUGGCUCUUAUCUUCUACUCAUUUAAAAGUAAAUCUAUAAAUUUUUGAUAUCUAUUUUGUUUUGUUCUAUAAAGGUAGAUAUAUCUAAUCUUCCACUCAUUUUCUCAUUUUGAAGUCAUUUAAACGUUUUUUGAUAUGCAUGUUUUUCAGAUUUGGGUCUGGAUAUGCAGAUUUUUCAGAAAAGAUUAAUAAGCAUGAGUUGACAGAAGGUUAGGACAAGGCCGGCUUAGAUAGGGAGCGAGUGAUGCAACAGUCCUGGACCCAAUCCGUUGUCCUCUUAUUUCUUAAUAGAUAAGGGCCCGAUUUAAAAAAAAAUACUUGUAUUUUAAUAUUAAAAAUAAGAAAAAGGGCCAAAAUAUUUUUUAUAUGAAAGUAUUUUUUAUCUCCAUAGAUUUAUUUUAAAAAAUACUUCUGGUAUUUUGAAAAAAACAUAUAUCUAUUAGAUUUUUUAAAGAAAAAUAAUAGUUUGGAAAUUAAAUUUUUUUUUUUUGCCCAAGGGCUCAUGGCACCAUUGAACCGGCCCUGGAUUAGGAUUAAUUUGGGAACAUUUUAAAAAAUUAGGAUUUAUUUGGCGUACUUAAAAGUUCAAGUUUUUCUUAUAACCAGGAGAUGUCUGGACUUUCGGGCCCAAAUAAUCCUCCCUCCCAGACCCGAGAUCCGGCUGACACACUAAUACUAUAUAUGGUGUAACACAUCCAUCCAGCGAUGGAUCAAACCCAGAAACGAAAAACAACACUAACAUCUACGCUUAAACUAACUGAACUGUAACAUAUGUGACAAGUUGGAACUUUUUUUUACUUAUUUUUGAAAGUUCUGGAUUUAAAUGGCGUUUUCUCGUGUUUCAAAAAAAAAAAUGUUUUAAAAAAAUGGCGUUUUCUCAAUAGAUAUAUGCCGCUGUUGUUUUCCCUGAAAUAAGAACAAACAACCCUUCACUAAAGGCUAGGGACGUCAAAAUGAAAAUUUGAAAACGACAAAUCCUUUCAAAAUCUUUAUAUGAAAUCGUACGGGGAACCAACUCAGGUCACAUUGAAGCCACUUUCCUUUUUCUUUUGACAAAACCCUAAAAAGGGGUUAAUGUUUAUGUUAUAUACACUACAGAUUAUUUUGGAACAAAACUUUCACCCCAAAUAAAAGAGUUUAUUUAUCAUUUUCAUGGCAAGUAUUUAGGAAAAAAACUAAAGGACCUCUGGAUAAAAAAUAUAAUGAAAAGCAGAACUUAUUCGAGAUCCCUAAAGCAAAAUAGUGUACAUUCAAGAACAUCUUUAACUCCUGACUCUAAAAGCCCAGUCUUUAUUAUCGAAAUGGAACCAAGAUUACAUACAAAGGGACCAACUUGCAUUUCAGAGUUUUCUUUGUUAUAUUUCUGGACCAGUUGAUAUUAAUGCCAUUGGCCUAUUGCCGAGAUUACAUACAAAGGGACCAACUUGCAUACGUAUACAUAGUAAAAGUAAUUCUAAGAUGAUACUAAAAGUAGCUGCAUUUCAAGUUAAUUCGUAUAGGAUCUGGAAUUGAAAACCCUAAAAAAUAAACCCUAGGCUGAAAUUUUUUACCUGUAUAAAUUGAAUGAGGAAGAAAUGAUAUUUCUAAAUCAUACCAAAAAUCAUCUUUUGCAAGCAAAUCUACAAUUAACAAACACAAAACCAUGUCUUCGUCACUCUAUAGCUAACUAGUUUCUUGUUACACAUCUCUCAUGUAUCUACCAUUAAUAUCUAGAAAGCAGUUUUUGUCUUGGAGUCAGAAAUCAGAGUUGGACGCUUACUCCCUCUCACUUGUUUCUGGGUUUCAUCUUUUCUCUUUCCUCUUUUUAGCUGCUUCUCUCUUUUGAUGAUGUGAAAGUUGUGGUAUUAUUUCUAAAAGAAAACGCAAAUUCUUGAUUUUUGAUUUCUGAAGCUCGGUGAUGUCUUCUUCCAACAAUGAUUACAAUAAUGGUAACAGUGGAGUGUACCCUCUCUCACUUUACCUUUCUUCGCUGCCGGGCCAUCAAGGCAUCAUCCGUAAUCCCUACAAUCAUCAGUCAACAGCAUCUCCGGGUCAAAUGGUAUCAGCCGUGCCUGAGUCUCUGAUAGAUUACAUGUCGUUUAACUCAAACAGUGCUGUGAAUCAGAAAGGUUAUGAGAUUCCUGAGGUGUCGAGAGAAAUCAAGAAGGCGGUGAAGAAAGAUAGACACAGCAAGAUUCACACGGCACAAGGUCUUAGAGACAGGAGGGUAAGGCUUUCUAUUGGAGUUGCUCGACAAUUCUUCGAUCUCCAGGAUAUGUUGGGGUUUGAUAAAGCCAGUGAAACAUUGGACUGGCUUCUCAAGAAAUCAAGAAGAGGCAUCAAUGAGCUUGUCCAAGAAAAAAAGCUCAACAACAAGGAUGGAGAUUAUGGAAACAAUAGGGGUGGUGUAGAAGAGGAUGAAGAAGAUGGCGAUAAGAGCUUUGUGUAUGGUUGGAGUCCAGAUUCCUGCGAAGAAGUGGUAUAUGAGGUCAAGAAGACAGAGAAGAGCAACGUAUCUUCAAAGGGAUUAAUGGACAAAGCUAGAGGAAAGUCAAAGCAGAUAACAAGAGAGAUGGUCUAUGAUCAUCCAGAAGCCGUCUCCGAGAUCACACAAACUGAAAUCAUGGACCCAUUCAAGAGGUCUAUAAUCUUCAAUGAAGGGGAUGACAUGACACACUCUUUCUACAAGGAAGCAAUCCAAGAGUUUGAUAAUCAAGAAUGUAUCUUAACCAAGACAAAUGUCAAUCUUCCGACGGAUAUGGAUCAAAGUUACAAUCAGCAUUAUGGGACGUUUAUGUUAAAAGAUAAGGGUUCUAGCAGCAACUACAAUACCAUUCUGCCUCAAAACUUGGAUUAUGGUUAUGAUCAAAACCCUUUUAUGGAUCAACUCUUUUGUGCAGUCACCAACAGGAAUUUCCCCAGGGGGUUUCCUUAAAGGUUGAUAUUCUCCGGGCAAUAGGCAUCAAAUUUAAACAUGUAAGGAAAAUAAUCCUUUAUAUCUUUUCAAUAUAUAUUAAAUCGUUGGUUAUUUGUGUUCCUCUAGAUAUAUAUAUGCUUGUUAUCUGAUCUUAUGUGUCAUUGAUCAAGAUAGCUUUUUAUGAUUCAGUGUCUACCUUCAAAUUGUUUAGCUAUUUCAAGUGGUAUAUUGUAACCUUUAAAGUAUAAUGAAGAUGAAUCUAAAAACUAUUUAAAUAUUUGGCGAACGCCAGUCCAAGAUUCAUAAUUCGAUUAGGUGCUACACACAACAGUCCUUGAGACUAAUCAAUUUACAGUUAAUCAUCUCACAGAAAGCUCUACAUAGGGUUCGUUCCUCAAACCCUAAUUUCCAUUAUGACCCACAUAAUCACACAUGCAUGAUGAUGAAUGUUGAGGGUCCCUUAUACAAGUAUAUAUCCACACAAACACAUGAAACGUUUGAUUGAGUUAUAUGGAAAAUUGAAAUGAAACUGAGCACUAGUGUGUGUGAACCGUGGAAGCGUGCCUUUGGUUAUGAUUUGGCCAUCCAAAUAUGUGGUACAUAGAACUUAGUUUUGACACUAUAUUCUCUUGCCCAGAUAAGAAUUGUUUGUGAUGAUAUACUAUAUGCUUUUUCCUAGAUCGAAAGUAUAUAUUAAUGGCGUCUAGAGUUUGGAAAAGAGGAUAGUUAACUUCUACGGUGUGUAGUAUCAUCAAACCUUUGGAAAAGGGACUAUUAACUUCUACAUUAAAAACUAGUAUUAGGUUAAACUCAUUUGACUUAAGAUGUCAACGAGCUUUUAUUGAUUUAACUUCUAGUUAGAUUAUCUACAACUAGACUUAUGAACUUAAAUCUGAUUUAGGAAACAAUUAAUUGACAUAUAUCAGCUUUAAUUGCAGAAAAAAAUAAGAGCAUGAUUAACCCUAAGAGUUGAAAUUGGGUUCUUAAUAAUUUUUUAAUAAUUAAUGAUAGUUAAGAGGUUGUAGUUAAGAAACACUUAAUUUUUUAGCUCCAAUGGUAAAGUUCUUAAUUUGGGUUCUUAAGAAAAUUGUGGGAAGUGCCUCUUGCUCCAAUCUCUUUAAGUAAUCAUUUUAAAAAUUGUCAAUACUGAACUUAGAAAAGAAUUUGAGUAUUUAUCGUUACGUAAUGGUGAUAGUGCCGUUAUCAGGAUCAGGCUUGAUUCUAAUCUCAAGCUCACCACCAUCUCCAAGCAAUGCAGGCUCUGUCACACUCAAGAACCUCAGCUUAUCCAACUUUCACCAAAUUGAGAAGUACCAAGAAAUAAAAAUCGAAACUUUUUUGAAGAGGAACGAACUUCGGCUUGGUACUCGAACUUCUCGCCGGACACUUCCUCAGCCGUCUCCUUCUCCGCCACGGCGGCGUCGCACUUCACGGCGAAGCGGCUGCAUCUCUUCUCGAGGUUCCAGCUACAUGAAACGCUGGUUCUCAGUCCACUGCCGGCGCGAGGGAGAAACGCGGUUCUGAGAGGAGAGAGACGGGUCGGGGUGAGUGGAAGUGAAGUCAAAGGAGUCGUGUAGAGGCUUCGACUCAAAGCAGGAGCCAUUUUAGAUGAUUACAGAGAAGUAGUUGUGUAGUUGGAGUAACGUAAAGGAGAGAGAGAGAGACGAAGUGGGUUAGUGCAAGAGGGGCCUCUCCCGCAGGAUUUCAUGACACCCGCCUCUUACUUCUUUUUAUUUUUUAAAAAUAUUUUUAAUGGGUUUGGGCUUAAGAACCCACGCAAGAGGUACCGUUAAACAUGGUCUAACAGACUAUAUAGUACCUUCUUCUCAUAGAUAUGCAUUUUAAAAAAGACCAGACUGCUUUUAAGCAAAAUGUGGUCAAAUUAAUCGUGUACCAAACCUACAUUACUUAGUAAUGACAUUUACCAUUUAGACAAAAAAAGAAGAAGGUACGCGUUGUAUCCACCAAGUCCUUUUAUUAUCUAUUAUUUGCAUAAAUUUAGUUGUAUAUACAUUUAAUUUUCUUAUUUGGAACUCUACCUAUAUAGCAUUUGCUAACACAUAUGGAUGUAUAGAAAGUAUAAGUACCCUUCCAAAAGCGAUACGCUGGACUGGAACAAAAAAAUUAGUUAAACAUUACGAACCUCGUUGAAAACUCUUACCCAAUAAAACUACUUAAAAUUGAGUAUAUAUAUUAGAUGAUCCACGUAUCAUUUUCUCCUAAAUAUUUAACGAAUCAACCUUGAAGCUUUGUGCGUUGACGUUUAGAUAAAGUAUAUAGUCAGUAACCAAUUCUUGCAACGAAUUAAAAACAAAGAAAGAAAUGCUCUCUAAAAUUUAGACAAGGAUAUACAUGCAGCUCAUGCGAGAUAUAGAUACCUUUGAAAAUUGUUCAUCGUUUCUUCAGAUUUCAAAUCCGAAUAGCAUUCUGAAGCACAUAAUACCAUCUUGAUUCUUGAAGGAAUACAUAAGCAAACAAAAGAUUUUUAGUUGGUAGAAAGGAAAAAAUGAGAAUAGAGUUGGUUCUAUCUUAUAUAUAAAGUAUUUAUGUACAUACAUAUGUUAGGAGAAAACUACCAAAACUAUAUGUGGAAGAGUUGGGUCGGAUAUUCGGAUUAGCUUCAGUUUCUUGUUUUUUUUACUGACGUAUAUUCGGAUUAGCUUCCGUUUCUUACUUCUUCAAUUCUUCAAAAUCAUUUCAUUUUCUUGCUUUUUUCCACACUUCAACGAAAGUAAAAAGUGUACUGGCAAUUUAUCUCGACUUGGCUAGCUGAAUUAGUUAAGUUAUCUAUGAAUAAUCUAUAAUAUUUUAAUAAGCAAAUGCCUGGAAACUGAUUGUCUCAGAAGAUUUUGGUUGAAAACUGAGAGUAACUUUACUAUAUAAAAUUAAAUUUGUCAGACAAUCCUAUGAAAUAAA